AUGCGUUCUUUGAUUCUUUUGAGUUUGGCAGCCAUUUGUUUAGCUGCUCCAGAGGGCUAUCACUAUCCCAAAGUGCAAGAUGAGGCAACAAACGGCAUCCAAAGCAAUGGAAAAAGUCAAUGGCAACCGGAGCCAAUAGUUAACAAACGCUUCUUCACCUAUUCAGCACCAGAGGACGACGAACCGGAAGUCAUUUACAGAGACAUUGUUGUAGGAGCACCACGCAAAAAUUACAAUGUCGUAUUCAUUAAAGCACCUGCGGUUAAACAACAGAAGGCCAAAAUCCGUAUCCUUCCUGCUACCAAUGAGGAUAAAACAUACAUUUAUGUUUUGGCCAAGAAAGCCGAAGCUCCAAUACUUGAAACGUUUGUUGAAGAACCUGUUACUACCACUGCUAAACCUGAAGUUUUCUUCAUUAAAUACCGAACGAAUAAUGAGGCUGAACAUGUUCAACAUCAUAUCCAGAGUAAAUAUGAUAACUUAGGAGGCACAACUGAUGUCUCUGAUGAAGGAGUCUCUCCAGUUACCUCAGUUAUUGGCAGUUUAGAUGGGGCACCUAAAAAUACCUAUUUGCCUCCCAUAAAGUAUUGA